CAGAGCGCCAAGUCCGAAAACUUGUUGUCCAUUCCUUUGCUAGGUCUUCCAACUAGUAGACGUGUUAUAGUUCAGUUCCUGUUCAUUUUCUUUGUACUUUAGAAUUUCUCAAGUUUUACCAUGUUGUCUGCACGUUCCCCAAAAAGCACCCAGGGAUUCAAGGAGCAAGAAUUGUCCAGACGUAUGAACGAUUCGUGCAAGAUUGCUGAUCAAGAAAACCAGAUUCCAAGUUCCCGUAUUCUUGCCAAGAAAACCGCUAACAAAAUAUUAUCAGACAGUCAAACACAGAAUAUUAAACAGAUUAUUACAGAUGUUGAACCAGUGAAACUUGAAAAAAGAAAGUCAAAACCUCAGAAUAAUGAAGAUGAACCGCUGCUUCGUGACAAUCCUCGUCGUUUUGUAAUUUUUCCAAUAAAGUACCACGACAUCUGGCAGAUGUACAAGAAAGCAGAAGCUUCGUUCUGGACUGCUGAGGAAGUGGACCUUUCAAAAGACUUGGCUCAUUGGGCCAGCCUCAAGGACGAUGAGAGGCAUUUUAUUUCGCAUGUUUUAGCAUUCUUUGCUGCCAGUGAUGGGAUUGUCAAUGAAAAUUUGGUUGAGCGAUUUAGUCAAGAAAUACAAGUUACAGAAGCGCGUUGUUUUUAUGGGUUCCAAAUAGCAAUAGAAAACAUUCAUUCAGAGAUGUACAGUCUUUUGAUUGAUACAUAUAUCCGGGAUCCACAGGAAAGGGAAUAUUUGUUCAAUGCUAUUGAAACUUUACCACCAGUGAAAAGGAAGGCACAGUGGGCAUUGAACUGGAUCAAUGCUGACAAUGCCACCUAUGGUGAACGGGUUGUGGCAUUCGCUGCUGUUGAAGGGAUCUUUUUCUCUGGCUCGUUUGCUUCAAUUUUCUGGUUGAAAAAAAGGGGUCUGAUGCCUGGUUUGACCUUCUCUAAUGAACUUAUCAGCAGGGAUGAGGGUUUACAUUGCGACUUUGCCUGUUUGAUGUUCAGUCACCUUACAAAUAAACCAUCACAGCAGAGAAUAAUUGAAAUUAUCAGAGAUGCCGUUAAGAUUGAACAAGAAUUUCUAACUGAUGCCCUACCGGUGUCACUGAUUGGAAUGAACAAAGAUCUCAUGAAACAGUACAUAGAGUUUGUUGCGGACAGACUUCUACUUGACCUUGGUUGCAAUAAGAUUUACAAUAAAGAAAAUCCCUUUGACUUCAUGGAAAACAUUUCACUUGAAGGAAAGACAAACUUUUUUGAAAAACGUGUUGGAGAAUAUCAGAAGAUGGGAGUAAUGUCAUCACCCUGCGAUAACAAAUUCACACUAGAGGCUGAUUUCUGAAGUGUGUACUCGCGUUAUCUUCCAUCUAAACAUUCAGCAGUGCAUCAUGCUACAUUAGGUGCUUUCAAACUCACCUCAGCAUUGAUAACUUCCAAAGACAUUUUGCUCACUAUUUUAUUUUAAUGAUUUGGACGUUAACACUUCCCUGAAAUGACAAACUACUAUGCAUUUGGAUUUCUGUGCUGAUUUCCGGUUCGCUGUAUCGUGCAACAUGGAAUUCAAUCUGUAUGUCUGGUUACAUCAUUCGAUCUGGCUAUAUAAAUCUGUACAUGGAAUAGCAAUAUCGUAUUUUUAAAGCUUUAGCAAGUAUAUUUUAGUCUAUUGACUUUAUUAUAUGGAGACCUAGCUUCGGUGUAUUUGCUUUUUAAUGUGUAUAGUUUUUGUAUUGCUUUUAACUGUUAGUAUGUUGAAGGAAGUAUUGUAGAAUUGAUUGAAUUUUAACGUUUCUUUGAACAUGUAUUAUCUUAAAGUGUAUUUAAUUAUAAAAAGAACAAUUUUACAUAAA